AUGUUUUGUAAGAUGCAGUUGUGGCAACACAUGAGCGUGGUACCCGCCCUGUUUGUUGUGUGCGGCGCCCUGCCCCAGAUAUCAAGUAUCGUGAAAAUUCCUGAAUUUCCUCUGGAGCUCAAAAAUUUUAAUUUUUCUUCGCUGCUGUACGGCGGCAGUAUAAGUGCCAGUUUGGCAGCUGCUGGUCUUGGCAUCUUCGAGGCUGGUGUGCUAACUGGGUUUAUCACCAACUACAGCAACCUGCAACGUGAAGCCUAUGAGAAAGAUAAGGAAGAAAGGGAGGAGUUAUUAGAGGAGCUGAGGGAGGAUGAAGAGAUUCGUAUACAGGAGGAAGAGGAGGGGCAAGAGGGGGAACAUAAUAAAAAGUCUGCUUUUGUUUACAAUGGAGACUACAUCGAUGAUAACACUGGAUACCAUGUGGCACCAGCUCCAUCUCAUCGUUUAUCUCAAUCCUCAACACAAGGACACUACCACAUGUUGUCCUACUCUGCUUACGACCCUCACACACAAACAAGACACAAACGAUCUACCAGAAAAGGUUUGCAGGAGGUGGAGGCGGCGCAGAAGAUGCUAGUGUCUGCAGUCAUUCACCUGGACACUGACGGCUGCUUGUUAAAACUCUUGUGUCACCUACAUAACAAGCGCCCAGGUGAUCGCACUCUACAGGAAAAUAUCAUCCUCCAGUUUUUAUCUAACAGCCCGGAAAUGUUAUCCUCCUACAAGGCCGCCUUAAUUAAUGCUACGAAGGUCGGUGGUCAGAGCACAUGUAGCGAGGUGUUUCCCAAGUGUGUCCUGAGGGACCAGGAGCUGGGUAGCCUGCUGCAGAGACCUUGUUAGGUAAAACAAGACAAGUGCAACUAAUGUGACAUUUUA